UGUUCCUUACUUCAAAAAAGAGCUUUAAUCAUCAUUGUGUCUGUGUUCAGUAGCAACAUGAUGGCUUAUAACUGCACAUGCAUACAAAUUAGUAAUUCUCCUCACAUAUGACUCAGUUUUCGACCAAAUUGAAUCAAUAAUAGUCGUUAAAUCGUCGUGAUUUAAAUCUCUGAUUCAUCAGGAGCUCUUGUGUACAUUCUGUACUUUUUCGAAAGGGGGUGUGUUCUGUGCGGCGAUGACGUCAAACUCCCGCGACGCAAUGACGCUGACUUCCUUUCCUCGUGCGCUCCCGUCGCAUGAUACAAACCACAACAACAUGUCUGCUGUGGGAUUCUGUGGAGACUGGUUCAUUUUCAGCUGUGACACUAAACUUGUAGCUGCGAACACCAAACAGGACAGAGAGACGUUUGUGUUUGACUGCAGCACUGCAGAGAAGAGACCGAAGAAUACAACGGAAGAUAACAACAGCGAUGGCGGCACCUCAGAAGAAACUGGAAGUGACAAAGUCCUCGCCUUCGCCGUGUCUCCGUCUGGAAAGAUGGUGGCGCUGACAGACGACAACAAGCGUCUGGUUCUGUUCCAGUCUCAGCCUUCAUGGAAGUGUGUCAGCGUCAGGUGGGUGGUGAGGAGGUGCUCCGCCCUGCUCUUCAGUCAGACCGAAGAGGAGCUGCUGGCAGCCGACAAAUCAGGCGAUGUUUACUCGUUCUCUGUGACGGAGACGCAGAAGGAGGGAGAGCUGAAGAUGGGUCACCUGUCCAUGCUGCUGGCUGUGGCUGUCUCUCCGGACAACAAGUUCCUCAUCACAGCCGACCGUGACGAGAAGAUCAGAGUGAGUGACCUCAGGUCACCGUACAACAUCCAGUCCUUCUGCCUUGGACAUGAACAGUUUGUAAGCGCUCUGCUGAUCCCUGCAGCCCAUCCUCACUGGCUGCUGUCUGGAUCAGGGGACGGAACGUUGAAGCUGUGGGAGUUCGAGUCUGGCCGUAACCUGCAAAGCUGUGACCUCAGCGAUCUGGAGGAGAUGCCUUCCUCUGAUGCCAACAAACAGACGAAGCCCACAGUGUGCCGCAUCAGCAGCUCACCUGAUGCUCAACAUGUUGCCGUGCUGUGUGACAGAGAGUCCACAAUACAGUUCUUCGCUCUGAGACGGGACAGCGAGGAGAAGAUGGUCCCACGCAGCCGGCUCUCUCUGCCACACUGCCCCGUAGACGUGACCUUUGACCCUGAGGGCCGGCUGUGGGUGCUGAUGGACUCCACAGACUCACCGGUCCAGAUCUACUCUCACAGACGAGACUCCUGGGAGCGUUCAGCAGAGAUCCCCGACCUGCUCCGAGUGACUGAAGCUCUGCAGCCUCACAGGGAGACACUUCAGGCCUCCAUGAAGUCCAGCAGCCGCUACGAGCCCCUGUACAAGGUGAUCCACGACAACGUGGGGGCGUACCUGCAGAGGAAGCAGCAGAGGAUGGAUGAGCAGGAUCUAAAGAGGAAGACGGCCCAGAGCUCCAACGGCAAAGGGAAGAAGAAGAAGGCUCAGUCUUCCUCCUGAGAGGACGCUUCAGAGAGAGAGAGAGAGGUUUAGUUUCUUUAACGUUUGAUGGAUCUGAGUUUGAACCCUGCAGAGAUCUGACUCUGUGUUCAUGAUUUUUUAUGUUUGGAUCUUUUUUACAAAUAAACAAUCAGCUGCUCGUCCGUCUCCACACUCAGCUCUGUGAUUCUGCUCCAUGUGACAGCAGGAUGCUUCCACUUCCUGCACAAAGACCCACACGUUUGAACAUAUUCUGAUCCUGUGCAGAGUAUAAAAUCAGCCGGUCUGUUUGCAAACUUAACAAACAUGUUCUUCUUGUGUGUGCUGAUGGAUUCAAGCUGCUCCAUGGAACAAAAAUAAUCAGAGGGGUGUUAAAUAAAAUAUAAAUGAAGAUAGUUGCUACAUUUAAAAUAAAACCAUGCAAAUAAUAAA